GAUAGAGAUACAUACAAUAAGGUGUAGAAUCCUUAAAUGGCUAAAUUUUUUUCGAGUGAUAAUAAAAACACUGUCAUGGAUGUGAUUUCGACGACAGUCAAUAAUAUUCAACAGGAUUGUGAUACGGGCAAUGAAACAUAUUCUUACGAUGUAAUGGAACCACGUGAUGAGGCUACAUCGGAUCAUCUCCAUCGAUUCAUGAGCAAAACAAUGUUAGAAUUUCAAGAUCAUCUUGUUAGAAGAUCCCAGCACUUCUUGGGUUAUCCUUCGAACAUGAAUUACAAAUAUAUGAUGAUUCUAUCUCCAUUGUUGCAACUCACCAUCAACAAUGUCGGUGAUCCAUUCGUUGAGAGCACUGUUGGUUUGCAUUCUAAGAAAUUUGAGAUUGGAAUUUUAAAUUGGUUUGCUCGACUAUGGGGGAUCGAUAAAGAUGAAUAUUGGGGUUAUGUAACCAAUGGAGGAACCGAAGGCAACUUCCAAGGCAUUUUGCAAGGGAGGGAGUUGUUACCAGACGGGAUAUUAUAUACAUCACAAGAAUCUCACUACUCUAUCUUCAAAGCAGUGAAAAUGUAUAGAAUGGAGUGCAAAGUUAUAAGUGCACUGAGCACGGGAGAGGUCGAUUAUAAAGAAUUAAGAGACAAUCUUAUUUUAAACAAAGAUAAACCAGCAAUAAUCAAUGUCAACAUAGGUACUAUUUUUAAAGGAGGCGUAGAUAACAUCGAUCUCAUUGUAAAAGUCUUGGAAGAAUGCGGCUUCUCAGAAGGCCGAUUUUACAUCCACUGCGAUGUUGCAUUAUAUGGGCUCGUUUCUCCUUUUCUUGAUCAGGAUUCGAAAUUUAACUUUAAGAAGCCUAUUGGAAGUGUUGCUGUCUCCGGACAUAAACUAUUGGGUUGUCCGAUGCCAUGUGGCGUGUACAUGACACGAAAAGAAUAUGCAUCUCCUCUAUUUCAAAAUAUCGAUUAUAUACGUUGUGUGGAUAGCACCAUUAGUGGAAGUCGUAAUGGUCAUAAUCCGAUUUUCAUGUGGUACACUUUAAGCUUGAAAGGUUAUAAAGGGCUUAGGUACGACGUUAGAAUGUGUCUAAGGAAUGCUCAGUACUUACGAGAUAGAUUAAAAGAUAUCGAAAUCAGUACAAUGUUAAAUGAUAUGGGCAUUGUGGUCGUUUUCGAGUGCCCUUUUGACCAAUGCUUUGCGGAACAUUGGAGCCUCUCCCACCGUGGAAAAAUGGCGCAUGUAGUCGUCUUGCCUCAUGUCAGUACUCGAAUGUUGGAUGAUUUUGUCAUUGAUCUUGUCCGAAAGAGAAAAAGUUGGUACGGACAUAAUAAUCUUGAGCCUCCUUGUGUUGCAGAAGAAAUUGGAAUUCAAAACUGUGUUUGUUUAGAUCAUCAAUAGAAGAGAAAAUAAUUAAUCAUGAUGUAUGCAAUAAUUAUAUAUUUUCAUUUGUUAUUUAUCGAGAUAUAACAAUCAUAAUAAAUAAAUAUGUAGUUCAAUUAAGUAAGAAGACCUUUAAUCUUAAGACCGUAUCUUAUACAUACAAAAAAAUUAUAUACGGUG